AUGCCGCCAGCCAUACUCAUAAAGAUACGCAAAUAUCUGAGACCGGACGGCGACAAGAAUGCUAUAAGGAUCCGCAGACGAAGGAAGCUCAUAGGUGCCCUCUGGGCAAGCUUGCCAUCCGUUAUUGUCGUAUUGCUUGCAGUGGGAUACCUAUGGAUGCUCUCUAUACCGUUUCCUGCACUGGGACAGAGGACGUAUAUUGACGAGAAUGCGCUACAACCAGGCCAGGUCAACACCCACUGGAACUGGGAUGAUGUCCAUCGCGCAGACCGAUACCUUGAGGCGUUGGAGCAACUCCGAGACAGGAAUGCAUCAAGCGUUGAAGUUGCUGACUACCUGGCGACAGAGUUUCGAAGAGCUGGUCUAUCUGCCGACACCCAAGAGUACUCAUUCUUCACAACGAACGGGUCCAAGACUGGAGUUAACGCCUACGCCACCUUCUCGUCUCCUCGAGCCUCUGGCACUGAGGCUAUGGUCAUCAGUGCCUCUUGGUUGAGCAGAACUGGUGAGGGCGAUGGUACGCUCAAUCUACGGGGAGUGUCUACCGUAUUGUCUCUUGCUUGGUUCUUGAGAGGAUACUCGCUUUGGGCCAAGGACCUCAUCUUCGUUGUCAGUGACGGCUACCUGGAAGGCAUGCAAGCGUGGGUCACAGAAUACCAUGGGGUAUCACAGCCAAAUUUGCAGGCUGAACCUCUAAGACUGUCGUCUGGCGUAAUCUGGACAGCUCUGAACAUCGAUUACCCUGGACAUUCAUUCUCACAUCUGGGGGUGUUCUUCGAGGGCCUGAAUGGUCGUCUUCCUAAUCAGGAUCUAAUCAACUCCUUCCAACGUAUCUCGCUAUACACGGGUGGCGUGCCCAUGCUCGUCUACGAUCACCGAGACGACGUAGAAAUCCUGGGUCUUCCUUCCUGGACUCCGGAAUCCAUCAGGGACAAUAGCGAGCUCAAGGAGUACGCUCGUCGGGCCAAGAACGUUGUGCGACACGUUGCGUAUCAAGCCAGAGGACAAGCGAGUGGUGUGCACGGUUUGCUCCACCAAUUCCGCAUUGAUGCCAUUACACUUUUCGCCGUCCCUGCGACAGGUCCACAUGGUUUCCAUGCCAUUGGCCGAAUCGUCGAGUCAACACUGAGGACCAUGAACAACUUGUUGGAGCGCCUUCACGCAUCAUUUUUCUUCUUCCUACUGGUGGGCCCGACGACAUUCCUGAAGAUCGGCAGCUUCCUUCCGAGCGCGGUGUUGAUCAGUGUAGCGAUGAUGUUCUGCGGGCUGCAGGGCUGGGUGAAGGCCGGCUGGGUAUGGAUGCUGGACGAGGCACAAGCCACCAAGGACGAGAAGGUUCAUAAGCGUGUUGGCAACGGAAGAUGGUCGCGCAGACAGAGGCCUGUUCUCAAGGCGGUCAUGGUCAUGGCCGCAACGCACGGGCUUGGAGUCGUCGUGUUCUAUCUGUUGACGCGUUCGUGGUAUCUCCACAACUCCACGGUCGCACCGCUCCUCGUAUCCAGUCUGCUUGCCGUUCUUCCCCUCACCUCUUUGCUACUCUUACCAAAACAACCGGCCCAAGAAGCACCGCUUCCGGUGAUGUUAAAGUCCCUGAACCUCUGCCUCACCUCGACAGUGAUAUCCAUCCUCUCCGUACUCAACUUCUCCCUCGCUGCGGUCAUAGCUUUCCUGACAGGCGUGCCGCUGUGCUACGCCUCCUCAUCAGCUCGCUCAGAGUUGCGGAUAGCAAAGUAUAUGGCGUAUACGACUCUCGCGUUUGGUUGGGUGGCGCUGCAACGGUAUGAGGUGCUCAAGGCUGUCGCGAAUUGGGAGCUCCUCGGAGUAUGGUUCGCGCCCUUCAUGUGUAUAGUGUAUGCACCGCUGGUGUUGCAGGCAGCACUCGUGUGUCUCUUGCCCAGCGAAAGCGCAUGAGGUGCAACGUGUAAUCUUUAGCAUAUUCUGUAAUGUCAUACCAGCCCCGAACUCCGUCCACCUUUUCUCCGCUGACGCGAGUGUGAGGUGAUGUGUUAAGUAUUGCAGGUUGCGACCAUCGCAUCGCACUGCAGAAAUCAAGAGCAAAGCAUAAACUUACAGACUAAUAAAGAUAAGGACUAGUCAUACAAUGCGCCAAUGACCGGUGACGACCCAAUUCACUCAUUAAUGUCCAUGGGUGCACCCGGUUCGUCGCCAAAGAGAUCGUCUUCUUCUUCCUCCCCAUCUUCUCCGUCCUUUUCGAUGAUACCAUCGGUG